AUGACAUCAAUGUCUAUGUCGCAUCUAUUAGAGCCUCUAUCCAUGGUCUGUGGUAUAAUCCUUUUGGUGAGUCCUUUAUCGCUAGCAUUUGCGGUAAAGACUCUAGCAGUUCCGGUGGCACAGUCCCUGUAUAAUAUUUAUUUUCAUCCGCUUCGGAGAUUCCCAGGCCCCAAACGGGCUUCUUGUUCAAAUGUCUGUUACCUUUGGUGGACUGUCUCUGGGACCAUACAUUGGAAACUCAAAGAACUUCAUGACCAAUACGGCGAGGUUGUACGCAUCUCUCCAAGUAUCCUGGUGUACAGGAGCCCGAACGCAUGGAGAGACAUCUAUGGCCAUCGCAAGCAUGAUACUACUUCGUUUGUCAAAGACCCUGACUACUAUAUCCCAAGCCCGAACGGUGAACAUAUACUCACAGCGAAUGAUGCCGACCACGCGCGAGAACGACGCCUCUUGUCUCAUGCUUUCUCUGAGAGAGCCCUGAGGGAACAAGAGUCGAUUGUACAACAAUACGUAAAUUCGCUUAUUUUGAAGCUUCAAGAAUACGCGGCUUCUGGGAGUGCAGUCGACAUGGCAAAGUGGUAUAAUUUCACCACCUUCGAUAUUAUCGGGGACCUAGCCUUCGGAGAGCCAUUUGAUUGUCUUCGAGACAACCGCUAUCAUCCAUGGGUCUGGAUGAUUUUUCAAAGUGCAAAAGCGAGCGUUUUCAUGAGACUUCUUCAUCUGUAUCCGCGCCUUGAGUCGCUGGUCAAGAAGAUGCUACCGAAGAAAUUCGUGCGGAUGAGAAACGAACACUGGCAGAUGAGCAAGGAGAAGGUUGGUCGUCGGCUGAGCUUGCAGGCAAACAGACCGGACUUCAUGUCAUACAUUCUCAAAUACUACGAUGAGCGGGGCAUGAGUCGGCAGGAGAUAGAAGCGAAUGCAGGUGUUCUGAUCCUUGCGGGUAGUGAGACGACUGCUACAGCGCUAUCUGGAUGCACAUUCUAUGUAUUGAAGAAUCCUGAAGUAUACAACAGACUUGUCAGAGAGAUCAGGACAUCUUUCCAACGACAAGAGGAUAUCACAUUCCUCUCGGUGGCAAGACUGCCCUACCUGCAUGCCGCUCUCGAGGAAAGCCUCCGACUAUAUCCUCCUGUACCAGGAAUACUUCCGAGGAAGGUUCCAGCAGGCGGUGCUUCCGUUGAUGGGCAAUAUGUGCCUGGAGGAGUCACUGUGUCUACCGCGUCUUUCUCGGCGGCCCGGGCCAAAUCCAACUUCGCAGAUCCGGACUCUUUCAUUCCUGAACGAUGGCUGAAGAACAGAGAUCCGAAGUUCGAGUCUGAUAAUCGGGAAGCUUCGCAAGCGUUCUCAUUGGGCCCACGAAAUUGUCUGGGCAAGAAUCUUGCAUAUGCUGAAAUGCGCGUGAUCAUCGCGAAGCUUCUUUGGAACUUCGAUCUAAGUCUUCAUAGCGACUGCUACGACUGGGAUAACCAGGCGUCGUUUAUUAUCUGGCAGAAACCUGCCCUGAUGGUUGAUUUGAAACCAAUCCGUGGAUAA